AUCUAUUAAAAUUUCAGCAUGUCAUGCAAUCUUUAAAGAAUGAGAUAAAUGAACUGCACGAAAAGCUUAGCCAGGCAGGAGAACAGGCACGUUUAAAGAUCCUAUCCCGGAAUGUCGACGAAAUCUUAUUUACAUUCCUAGACAAUUCUGAAAAACAUCAUUCAAUCACCUGCAACAUAUUUGAAGGAUACCCCGACCAGGCCCCAUUGUGGUGUACAGCAUCUGAUGACACCACUAUCAACAAUGCUAUCGACAAAAUCAACAGUUCAGGACGAAGUAUAAUGUCCGCCUCUCAAGUCCUGAUAACGGAGCUAUGUACUGCGUUUGGGCUGAGCUCCGCUUCUAACAUAGACCUGUGUAACGGGGUGGGGUCCAGCAGUGCUACGCUCGAGUGUGACAUGGAUUCGGCCGAUGACGCAGAUUCUAUUCUAUCUGACGAUAUGAGUGAGGCGGAUGUUCUUUCUGAUACUAAUAUGGACAGUGAGGAGAAGGCAGACAUAGAAUUAAUGAAACCGGAACAGUUCGCUUCUCUGGAGCGAAUAAAGCAGACUAUUCGCAAGGAUCAGGAACAGGGCAUGAUGUACGGGUCGGUACAAGCUACAGACCGAAUUAUGAAAGAACUGAAAGAGAUUUACAAAUCUGAAGGCUACAAGACGGGAGUUUACACUGUGUCAAUAAACAACGACAAUCUUUACAGCUGGGAUGUGUUCCUGCAAAAGGUUGAUCCGGACUCCCCUCUGAUGGACGAUAUCAAAAAGUUGGAUCCCAAUCCCCAACACAUUCACCUAGCUAUAAGCUUCGGCCCAUCCUUCCCUUUCGAACCCCCCUUCGUCAGGGUAGUCGCUCCGCACAUUAGUCGUGGGUAUGUAAUGAGGGGUGGAGCAAUAUGUAUGGAAUUAUUAACUCGACAGGGGUGGAGUAGUGCUUACUCUUUAGAGUCCCUGAUUACCCAGAUAUCUGCUACCCUGGUAAAGGGCAAAGCUAGGAUCACAUUCAAUCACAAGGGUACGCCCUAUACCUUCGAGCGAGCACUUUGUUCCUUCAAUGCACUUGUGGAGAGUCACGAGGCACAAGGUUGGGUGACUCCACCAAAAGAAGAAGGCUGACACACAAGAGUAGGGAUCUACAUUACUUCAGAGAAAAGAAACACGUGAUCGCAUGUGGAUCAGGCGAAGAAACAGACUAUGGUUGAACAAGGCACAUGACUUCAAACCGAUCAUAUCACUUCCGAGCAUGCAUGACUUGAAACAUCGCGUUGUUUUUAUGAAAUAUUUUCCUAAGUGCAGCGCAGAGCGCGAAUGUAGCUUCCCAAGUUGACUAGUAUAAAAUUGAUAGAAUCAAUGAUGCAUUGGUUAAAGUGUGAUUGGAUCGGUUGUUGUUAUAUAAUUGGAUACUUGAUCCACUUUCCGAGAAUUAGUGUGUGCUUUCCUUUAUAAUUUAUGAGACUUGUCGGAUACUGUUUUAUGUCCAGUAAAAUACUAGAUUGGUUAGACUUAGACGAGUUUAAGUUGAUUUAAUAGAAGAAAGUUGGCAUCAGUCCUUCUGAUUAAUCCUUGUAUAGCAACUCGCAUACCUCUUCCACCGAGAACUUCAACUAAAGCUGACGAUGUCUAACCGAUAGUAAUACAUAAUAUGAUGAUUUAAUUGCAUAUUUUAUUACUGAGCUUGAGAGUGAAAAAGUUAAAAAUCUUGUCUGUUAAAGAAGUAAGAACGUUAUCGUAUUUUUAUUGUUUAAGUUCGUCUUUGGCACUCUUUUUCACUUUCUGAAUUGCGCAGUGUUUUUAGCUCAAUCUUAUGUUUAUCAAGCACUUCGUGCUCCAGUUUCAAAUUCAAGGCAAACUUUGAUUCCAAAUGGGUGCUUAAACGAAAAGUUGGAGAAUUUGUUAGUUAUUUUUUAAUCUGUAACUAUUUAAAUUAUCUGUUCCAGAAGGGAGAAUACAACUCAAAAAUUUCAUUUGUUACUCGAGGGGUGAUGAUUAAUCACUUUUCUGUAGACCGAAGCGUGAUUGCUAGACCAGUAUUGACAGCCUUGCGAGCGCUCCUGUCUGAUUAACAGGUCACGCUCGCCCGGAUGAUGAUUAAUCACUCUACACUCUACUGUCAAGUGUCACGAGACUUAUUUAAGACUUCCACUUACCUAGUGCUUUGACCAUUGUUAAUGGUCCGGCCCGGCGCGCGCUACUUCUUAGCACUUGCCAUCGGGCCAUAAUAUUUCGAGAAGAAAGCGGCGCGCGCUACUCCGAUUGUAGGUUUACAACCUACCAGGACGCGCGCCGAGUUCAGAGUUGGACUCGUCGACGGAACAGAUAUUAUAC